CCGUACUUUUGCACAAUGAAUACACGGGCUAACGUUGAUACAGUAGCUGGUGCAAUGUCAUCGCCUCGCUAGCAGGCAGCGAACUGGAGGGUGAGAAGCACCGGGGCUUACUGACGUGCUGGGCUGCACUACUGCGAGCAGAGCCUCGGCGGUGUCGGUGAAGGAGGAACCCCCGCAGUGAUGCGUUUCUCAUCGGUUUGACACCAAAAAAAAAAGGAGGAAUUGCAUUCACCUCGACAGGAAGAGGGGACCGCAGCUCGGGAAGUUAAUGUGCCGAAACCUGCUUUGUUUAGAGCCACUGUAGAAGGCUGACUGGACUGCGGCCUGUGUACCGCUCAAAAUGGCUAUCGUGCGACAAUUUGGACUACUGUUGUGGAAAAACUAUCUUCAGCAGAAACGUCAGAUCCUGGUAACUCUGGUGGAGAUACUCCUGCCCCUGCUCUUCUCUAGCAUCCUCAUCGUGCUACGCCAGAAGGUGCCUUUUAAGGACUACCCAAAUGCCACGGUCUACGAGAGCUAUGCCGUUGGCACGCUACCAAACGGCAUGUAUCGAGGCUUGCAGCUGGCCUAUGUGCCCAGUACCUCCAGUGUGGUGCGUCAGUUGGCAGAGGAUGUGCGCCGCAGCCUGAUGCUCUCCUCAGUGCGUGGCUUUGAGACGGAGGAGCAGUUUGAGGACUACGUGAGAAAAAACUCUAGCUCAGGAAAGCUACUGGCUGCUGUGGUGUUUGAGCACCCUUUCACCCACGACGAUGAACCUCUGCCCCUAAAGGUGAAAGUGUGUAAUGUGUGUGUGUGUGUCCACUUUGUGUUUGCUCUCAGGUUUGAGCUGCUGUUUGCUGAGCUGGAGAUGAACAGAGAGGAGCUGGGCAUCGCCAGCUACGGAGCUUCUGUGACCACUAUGGAAGAGGUUUUCCUCAGGGUGGGAAAGCUGGUGGAUUCUAGUUUGGACAUCCAGGCAAUCCAGCUGCCAGCCCUGCAGUACCAACAUGAGAGACGCUCCCAUGACUGGACCACAGAUGACGCCAGCAGCAUCAGCGGCAUGACCGAUGUCACCGACUUCACAGACAGCGGCACGCUCAUUUCAGAGGACUGCUCCAGCAUCAAGCUGAACACCGGGGCCAGACUACACCUGCAACAGUUCUAUGCCAUGUUCCUGAAGAGGGCGCUGUACAGCUGGAGGAACUGGAAGGUGAUGGUGGCUCAGUUCCUCGUCCCUUUGGUCUUCACCGUUUUGGCCUUAGUUGUGGCACGCUCCUUUCCCAAUCAUGACGACGCUCCUCAACUGAGGCUGGCACUCAGACGCUAUGGUUCCACCAGGGUGCCCGUGGCUCUGCAGCCUGGGGUGGGUCCGCUGGCUGCUGCCCUGGCAAACACGUAUAGUUCCCAGCUCUCUGCCCAGCUUGGCCAGCUCAUCAACAUCACGGAUUUCACUGAUUACAUCCUGACCCAGGCCGAGGAGGAAGGCGGCAGCUUUAACGAGCGCUGUGUGGUGGGUGCUGCUUUCCGUGGCAGCAGCCAUCGAUAUGCAGAAGCAACAGCCUACUUCAACAACGAGGGCUACCACACACCCGCCACCGCCCUCAUGAUGGUGGACAAUGCUCUGUUCAAACUGCUAGCAGGGCUGAAUGCUUCCAUCCAGACGGGGAAUUACCCAAUGCCACGCAACCUGUCUGAGAAUGCCCAGAGCCAGCUCAGAGAGGGAAAGACGGGUUUCAUCAUCGCUAUAAACCUGAUGUAUGGUAUGGCCUCCCUGUCCAGCACAUUUGCCCUUCUGCUCGUAACCGAGUCCUCUAUCAAGUCCAAGCAUGUGCAGAAGGUCAGCGGUGUCUACCUGUCAAACUUCUGGUUCUCUGCGCUGCUGUGGGACCUGAUCAACUUCCUGCUGCCCUGUCUCCUCAUGCUGGUGGUGUUUCAGGCAUUCGGAGUCAAGGCUUUUAUAGACAACAACCACCUGGUAGAUGUGUUGCUAUUACUGCUGCUGUAUGGCUGGGCUGUUGUGCCUCUUAUGUACCUGCUCAGCUUCCUCUUCUCCACUGCCGCUUCUGCCUACACACGCCUUACCAUCUUCAACGUGAUCUCUGGCACGGCCACCUUUCUGGCUGUCACCAUCAUGGCCAUCCCAGAGUUGCACCUGCAGGACAUGUCGCACUUACUGGAUAAGAUAUUCCUGAUCUUUCCAAACUAUUGCCUGGGCAUGUCCUUCAGCCAGUUCUACAAGAACUACGAAUUCAUCUCGUUUUGCACCCCCAGUAGAUUCAGCAAAGAGAUGUGCGAAUUUUUAAACAUCACGUACCAGAGUAACUACUUCUCGAUGUCGGCGCCUGGUGUGGGACGCUACGUUGUGGCCUUCUCACUGCAGGGCGUAGUCUACAUUAUUCUGCUGUUUGUCAUCGAGCUGCAGUGUGUCCGCACUCUCCGGCAACUCCUCGCCUCCCUGUGCAGAAGACGCAAACAGUUACCUCUAAUAGAGGAUGCAGCACUGCUUCCGGAGGACAGGGAUGUGGCUGAAGAGAGGAAGAGGGUCCUGGAGUGCCAGCCAAUAGUAGAGUCUAUGGUGGGAAGCCCUCUCAUACUGCAGGAGCUCAGCAAGGUGUACAGCAGCGGGGAGAGUCUUCUGGCUGUGGACAGGCUGUCUCUCGCUGUAGGGAAAGGAGAGUGCUUCGGCCUCCUGGGCUUCAAUGGAGCAGGCAAGACCACAACCUUUAAGAUGCUGACAUGCGAUGAGAGCGUUACCUCCGGGGACGCCUACAUUGAUGGAUACAGCAUCUUGAGGGACAUUAAAAAGGUGCAGCAGCGCAUUGGUUACUGCCCACAGUUUGACGCCGUGUUGGACCACAUGACGGGAAGAGAAACUCUGAGUAUGUAUGCCAGACUCAGAGGAAUACCAGAGAAGUAUGUGUCUGGCUGUGUGGAGAAUGUCCUGAGGUCGCUGCUGCUGGAGCCUCAUGCUGAUAAACUGGUCCGCAGCUACAGCGGCGGUAACAAGCGGAAGCUGAGUGCAGGCAUGGCUCUGAUUGGUGGGCCUCCGGUCAUCUUCCUGGAUGAGCCUUCGACCGGGAUGGACCCAGUGGCCAGGAGACUGCUGUGGGACGCUGUUACACGCACACGGGAGUCUGGAAAGGCCAUAAUCAUCACUUCUCAUAGUAUGGAGGAGUGUGAGGCCCUGUGUACCCGGCUGGCAGUGAUGGUCAACGGUCAGUUCAAGUGCCUCGGGAGUCCCCAACACCUGAAGAGCAAGUUUGGCAGUGGCUACACCCUGCUGGCGAAAGUACAUAUAGAGGCUGAGCUGGAGGAUAGUGACCUGCAGCUUUUUAAAGACUUCAUCGAAAGUACCUUCCCAGGAAGUCAACUAAAGGAUGAGCACCAGGGAAUGGUGCACUAUCAUUUGACUGACAAAACACUUACCUGGGCCCAGGUGUUUGGCACUUUGGAGGCAGCCAAAGAGAAAUACCAGAUUGAGGACUAUUGCGUGAGCCAGAUAUCACUGGAGCAGGUGUUCCUCAGCUUUGCUCAGUUCCAGCACUGCACUGAGAGUGGUCGGAAGUAAGUGGAGCGAGGAGUCUGUCCAUGCAUUGUUCAUUUUCUACAGUGCUUUGUGUGUGUGUGUGUGGAGGACCUGUGUACACGGACCUGUUACACAGCAGGUGUGUACACAGGCCGGGGCGGGUUUUAUCUCCAGCUCCAUUUUGACAUUGACCACCAGAACACACACACUCACACUGGGCCAGUUGCAUCAACUUCAGCAUUUCUACUACUAUAUCACGUCGGUGUGUCUUUGUUGGGUCAUUCAUGAUGUUGCUGUUGUUGCUGUGUGACGAAGGAAGUAGGAUAAUUGGGAUUAUGACGCGUGUGGGAUCAGGAUUAUUCCAAUUAAUGAACUCUUGAGUACUGCACCUUUCCAGUGACGUUCAAGAAAAGGACACCACUCAUCAGAUACUACAACUACUCUGAAAUGUGUGUGACUGGGUUUAUUUCUGCGCACUUGUGUGCACAGCUUGUCUUUGUUAUUUAUGAUUUUAUUUUAUUGAUUGUUUCCAAGAAUUUGUGCUUUUUUCUGUGAUAAUCACAAGAGAAUGAACCACUCCAAUCAUUGCACACCUUUGCGCCUUAUCUAACUAACGAGGGUUCUUGUUUCUUUAUAUUGCCCUAUACAAAAACGCCUGGUAAUCAUUAUGAGCCUCUUAAUGUUGUUGUUGUCAGAUGUAAAUAAUGUGACGUGUUCAUGGUACUAAGAAAACACGCAGAGCAUUUACUCAUUUAAAGACUGUUUUGGGCAUGUUAAUGAAUGCUAAUGUAUACCAUAUGAUUUACAGAGUGCAUGAUACUGGAGGAGCAGAGAGCUGAAAACAAUAACUAGAAGACCAUUAAUCCUCAGAGUACAUUUAGUCCGGUCUUAGUACAUUUAAUACGCCUCCAUUGUCCAGGUCUUGUGAACCAAAGUUUCGGUUUUCCUGCCAAACAAGUUACAGCGACAGCGUGUUACCAUGUGGAUAUCCAGCCAUCACAGUUUACAUAGAAACAAAAUAUAACAAUUAUGUGACACAGAUGUUCACACGGGAGGUCGUAACUUGAAAUGGUCGUAUCUUAUCAGACCGCAUGUGAUUGAUCUGGGCCUAAAAAUCGCAAAACUGCAAUAAGCUUUGAGGUGUUUUUGUACAUUUCUUUUCAUUUUUCUUGCUAUGCAUUUCACACUGUGUGUGUGUGUGUGUGUGUGUGUGUGUGUGUGUGUGUGUGUGUGUGUGUGUGUGUGUGGUGCAGAGAGUAUGGAAACACAUGAUUCCUAAUUUCAUCCAGACUGUAGUAAAACAGUGCUAUAAUAGUCCUUAAAUAUUAUAACUAAGAAAUUGUUAUUGCGCAGUGGACAAACUACUGCUGUGUCAUCUUUUAAUGUAGAGCUGCUCCUUCAGGGAACUCCAGGAAAUGCAAUACAAAAACAAAACAGCUGUAUAUAGAUAGUAAAAACUUGAAAUAGAUGCCUUGUUCUGAGGAAGAACGAUCAGCUCAAUGUUUGUUCCUCUUUCAUGUGGAUGCGCCGCUAUGAAGCUCAUUUCAGAGCGUGCCCAAUUUAUCACAGUCUCAAAGCCUUGAUUGUACUUAAAAGACGUUGUUGGAGCAUUUAUGUAUUCUGUAGGAAUAUUUAGAAAAACAUUUGAAGUUUCAAAAAGAACCAAAUGAGAAAUGGAUUCUCAGUUGCCUGCUUUUCAUCCAUGUUGGAGAUCAAAAAUGAUAUUCUCUGAUGAAUCGGUGAUCACAUUAACUUGAGGGUACAAAUGACAUUCCUACUCUUGGAAAAUCCCUCUGACUUCACAGACGUGAUAUGAAUGUAUUUACUGUCUUACAUGAAAGCAAAAAGCGCUCACAGUAAUCAACUCUUUUAACAGCUUUGUAUGAUUUACAGCGCUUUCUUCAUGUCACCAGGUGUGUGUGUGUGUGUGUGCGAAGUAAAGUAGAAACUGACAUUCCAGAAAGGCACAGAUAUGUGGCUUAUUGGUCUUUUUAAAGGAUUUAACCUCCUAAUUUAGACUUUUGUUACAUUUGUUCAUGUUUUUGCACAAUUUGUUUUCUCAUUACAUGUAUGACUUGAAUCAAUUGCAAUGUUAUAUACGUAAAAAUGUAAAGGUUUGCUCUGCUGAUAUUGAAGGUUUGAGUUAUAUUGAAAUGCAGUGUAUCGUGUUUAACAAAGGGAAUUUACAUCAUUGUAACUGUGUACUGUACAUGUACCAUGAAACUGACCAACUGUAUAUGUGUCGCUAUUCUUUUUAAAUUAAAUAAUGCUCUAUGCAAAUGGUAGCAAAUACCAGUUCCUGGUUGUGGUGGAAAAAAACGAUUUAAUAGUACCGAGUGAGUCCUAUGAUACUAAAGAAGGGAAGAGAAGGUUCAGUCGUCAUACAGAGUGCACUGCAGUCUGAAGGAGGACGAACCCAGGGUGCAGGUUGUGCACGACUUACAAAGGACCUGAGCACAGGGUGGGGGUAGGAUGAGUCGUCACUAAGACAUCUGGACUACAGUCGACCAUUCUGUGGUACUGAAUGGUCGACUGUCUGCAUUAAAAAAAUGAAUACCUUUUACCCUUCAAAGGCAUCACUUUUGGCCUUUGAGAGGCUACCUUAAUUGAAAAGAAAUACAAAAAUCUAAGACGGAGUACUACGAUGCAUUUAUAGAGUUAAUCUUUUAUAUUACAAGUGAAUGGGUAUAAGUAUGCUGCACAGUACCUCCCUGGGUCUGGAGAGUGACGCACACCUUUACAUUUACAACAAUGCCGGUCGGAGUGAUAAGCAUAGUCUGUGGUCUCCACUGCUGUUGUACAGUCUGAUGGGUAUUGAGAUGCAGAGCCAUCCAUUGCCAUCGACAUGUUGGGUCAGGGAGAGCUGGGGGUUUGGGGGCUGUCUUUUUGAAGAGACCCUGAACAGAAAACAAUCUCUCUCGUCGGUGUGUUUCUGGCCUGGUUUUACAGGAUCCUGUCCCCACUUCUGUAGGCCUCCUCUUUAGCCCGACGAAGCUGCCUGAGUCUUGCAGUAAACCAGGGUUUAUUGUUGUUACGAUGCAGGGGGACUUGACCCCUGACUUCUGUCAGGAAUUUUUAACCUACUAUACAGGUCUUCACAUACAUUUUACCCUACUAUUAAAUGUACCUGUAAUCUGA